AAUCUUGGUCCAAGACCACGGGGGACGAUUUACCCAAAACAGAAACGACUGCAGAAUCCGGAUGCAAAUUUCAAUACCGUUAUUAUUUUACAUUUAUUUUUGUCUUCUUUAUGCAACCUUUUUUUCCGAAAAUAUAAGAAAAGAAUUAUAAAAAAUAAAUAGAAAUAUGGGAAACAAAUAGAAAACCUAGUUCGUUUCUCAAAUUGCGGCAGCUUCGCCAUUUAUUGCUCAGCCACACUCUUUCGCCACGAACCAACACUUUCCCCAUCCUCCCUGGCCCCCCCGCCUUCUCCGGCCGCCGCCCAUCCUCCACUCCCCGGCGGCGACGUCGCCAUCACCGCGGCAGCCGCCUUCCCGAACCCAAGCCAGCCGCUGGCAUCUUUCAUCUUCUCCGCCAGCCAAUUCGGCUUCGUCUCGCUGGAAUUUCGCCCCUGCCAGGCUGCCACAGCUCUGGAAAGUCGUCUCACUCACGCUUCAAACUCGCCAGCUCGUUCGCUUCCUUAAUCGAAUUCACUCCCAUCCCAUUUCCUCGUUCUCGCCCGUGUAUUCUCUACUGCGUCCGCCGCCCCAGGAGUAAUCAAAGCCUAGUCCGACGUCACUGCCGUCUUUCAAUGUCGGAGAUUUGAGGUACCGAAAACUCAUUUCCCUCCUCGCCGGUUGCCAGUAGUCAUCGGCCGCCGGAGAAACAGCCCCGUCCUGUAUUAGGCAAAAACCUGGGUUGGGUGGGUGUUUGAUUAAUCGGGUGGAAAUUAAGCAGCUCCUUUUCGUUUCUUAAGGAGUUGGCAUUGAUUGAAAAUGAUUGUUGCGAUUCAGAUGUGUCACUAAGGUCUCUGAAUGUCACGAUCCAGCUGAUGCCGUCUGUAACUUUUGUGGGCGAGUGUCCAUUUUAUGUUUUGGGAAAGCUGUUGGAAAGUCGGCACUGGAAAUGGUUUUGACAGUCGUUCUUCAUUUACUGAUGGGGCAUAAUGCUAGAUGCUAAGUUUACUGUUUCACCCUGUUUCGAUAAAAGGGCCGGUCUUGUUUCUGUCCGUGGUCAUCUCCGGGUUGGGUGAUGAAGCCUGACCCCAUUUUUUGUGUAGGUCUUGUUUGGAUGAUUGGAAAACUUACCCUGCCGCUCAACUUGCUACUAAAAUGAGACCAAGAUCAAAUGGGGUUUCUAGGAAUCAGAGGGAGCAUAGCUUUGAGGGUGGAGGACCAAAUUGGAUUCUCAUUGCUGGUGGUGCCUUGUUGAGUACUUUGACAAUCCGCCUUGGCUCCAAGCUGAAGCAGACCCUUGAUUCUAGGAGGGAAACACGUGCUAGAAAUGAGAAAUUGUGUGACAGAAGGAGAUCGCCAGAUUGCCAUAUGCAUCCGAAUAUGUACUCCUAUACACAUGACGAUGAUAUCUGCUUCAAUUCUGCUUCCGGGAAUGAAGGCAUUGAAGAAGUAAAAUAUCCUCCUAAUGAUCACUCGCUGUCUGAAACUGAUGGUGCACUCCCUUUGGUUACAGUCAAUGCACCAGAAUACUCAAGAGAGAAUGGCAUUAUGUGGGUUUCAUCUCUUGAUCGUCUCGAGUUACCGCCAAAGCCAUUUCACCAUUCAAACUGCUCUGACUCGCCAUGUGUGUCUGAGUCUGGUUCAGACAUAUUUAGCAAGCGUGAAGUGAUACAAAAACUGAGACAACAACUAAAAAGAAGGGACGACAUGAUAAUUGAGAUGCAGGACCAGAUCAUGGAGUUGCAGAAUUCAAUAAAUUCUCAAAUGGCAAUUUCUACUAGUUUGCAGUCUCAACUUGAUGCUGCUAACAAGGAUCUGUUAGAUUCGGAGAGAGAAAUCCAAAGGUUGAGAAAGGCCAUUGCCGAUCACUGUUUAAAACAUGCAAACGGUGAUGGGAAACCGUCAGUUGUCGCUGCAUGGCCACCUGAGGUAAGAAAUGGGCAUGGAAAUGGGUAUUCGGAUGCUGAAAGCACCUAUGACUUUCCUGAAAAAGGCAGGAUUGAUGGGGAGAAGGUCGAGAUGCUUAAGAGGGAAGUAGGAGAAUUGAAAGAAGUGUUAGAAGGGAAGGAAUACUUGCUGCAGAACUACAAGGAGCAGAAAUCGGAGCUUUCAAUGAAGAUCAAGGAGUUGCAGCAAAGACUGGAUUCCCAGCUCCCUAAUAUUCUAUAGGGGCGUUGUUAGGCCAUGUGAAUUCUUGCUUUCCCCCGGACUUUGAUUGUCACUUCCGGUUUUUGGAGAUUGUUCUUUAUCCAAGAUUUUAGGUUAGAAAUCUAGUGUUUUCUGUGCUCGCAUAAAGUGUGCCAGUUGCGGAUGUGAUUAGCGAGAGGCAAAGCAAGGGUUUGUAAUUGUCCGUUUUGCUUGUCAAUGUCUCUGUUCACUUUUAUAGAAAUAUGAAUGCAAUUUUCCACGAAGCGUGAACCCUGUUGCAUUUUUGGCUUCUUUGUUUACCUGUUUACACUGUUGUCAAUCAUAGAAAUAAGUUCCUUACAUCUUUGUAUGCUAGAGCAACUUGUUUCGGCUCUUCUUCGGAUAAAAUUUUAAUCACAACGGAUUUCACUAUCAACAGAUAUGCUCUUUAUCAUGGGCAAUUGGGCAUCUUUGACGAUUGUUUAUCCGACUUUAAAUUUCUAUUAUUUUUGUCAUCAUCACAGCAGCAGUUUCAACAACUGAGUAAACCAUCUGAAGAAGUAUACUUCAGGCUAUCUUGCACAGACGUUUCCAGGCACCUGUGCUUUGAUUUUAAAUCAAAGAUGACAGGUCUGUUUGCCUAUCUUGUCUUCAAUCCUCUAUGGCUUAUAAUUUAUUCCUCCAAUUUUCUUCUGUUGUCAUUAAAUUGUUGAAAAUUUUCGUACAUGGUUUAAAUUGUAUGCAGUGCAGUAUACUUCUAGUAUGCAAGAAUAAUUUUGGGAGGACGAAGAAUGACUGUCAAAGGGAGUAUCAAAUGCUGAGAGACUGAACUAGAAUGGAAGUCGGAUAACCUUCAUUGAUACGAGGGGUUAAUCAAUUAGCUUCAGUUGGCUUAGCCAUGCCAUGAGGGUGAAUUACACAAGGUAUGCUUAAGAAAACACUCAAAUGGCUUCUCUAUUGCACAUGCACACUACUCAUUUUUUUAGUUAUGUUACUUGUGAUAUUAUCCACUGAUUAGAUGUGCUUGGGUGUUGGGAAGAUCAUAAGAUAGAUAGAACUAUUUUCUUUCACUGGUACAACUUUAUGGAGAAGAUACGUUGGUAUUGGUUAUUCUUUGCGUAAUGGGUUCUUUGAAUGGUCAAGUAAUGUUGUAGGUUUCCCCAAUAUGCGAGGGAAAAAAGGUAACAGCCAAUAGUUAGUUUCAUUCAUUCUGUUUUCUCUAUUUUUAUCUUUACUUUUUCUCUUUUGGAGAAGGAGCCCAUUUGGUUCGGACCCUUUGGCUAAUGUGGUGCAAAGUGAAAGGCUUGGUUAAUCGUAGACACUGGCAGUUUCAUCAGUUUGUUUUCUUUGUCGUUGUUGUUUGAGUUUCAUUCCAUCAUUUCGUUCAAGUGUGGAGUAUGGCUGGCUUCAUAGUUGAUACAUAACAGAAGCAUUUGUAUAAAUAAUUAAAGUCUGCAGAAAGAGAUACAGCUACCGUACGAUGUUGUAUAUCGAUUCCAAGAUUUGUGGAAAUGAAAUAUGCCAUUUGAU